AGGCAAGCCCUUUUUCACAGUUGGAACACAGAGGAGGGAUCCACACUUUCUAAAGCCAAAGCCAUUGCCGCAUCUCCCUCCUGUCUCCAAAUUUUACAACCAUUAUCGAAUGAAACCCAGUUCAAAUAACUUGAGAGGGUACUAGUUUUUUGUUGUUUGGGUAAAAAUUUUAAAACUUUAUAUAUUUACGGUGCGAAAAUUCGCUCCCCUACUACAAUUUUCUCUGCUCUCUCUAUCUCUCUCUUUCUCUCUCUCUCUCUCACGGGAUCUGUAUGCUGUUGGUUGGUGCUAUGAAACAUGGGGUUGUGAUGAGUUUGUGAGCUGAGCAAAGAGAAGAACAAAUGGCGUCUGAUACGGCGUCGUCUGUGGACGAACAACAGGCACAGCUUGUCGCUGCUACUUCAACUGACAACAGAGGAAGACAUCGGAUUUCUGCCGAGCUCAACCGACUGGAACAAGAACUCAAAUUCUUGCAGGAAGAGUUGGGAGAGCUUGAGAAAACAGAAAAUGUUUCCACCAUAUGUACGGAAUUGCUACCCUACAUCGAAGGCAGGCCGGAUCCUCUUCUCCCAGUAACAAAUGGGCCUAUAAAUCUAAUAUGGGAUCAAUGGUUUGAAGGACCUCAAAACUCACAAAGUUGCAGUUGCUUGAUACUGUGAGUCUGUGGUUGGAUGCGAGAAAAAACAUCUUCCCUUGGUUCCCAGAGACACUAAAGAGAAAUGUCCUACCUGCUAGAGAGUCAUUGUAAUGCUGCUCCUACUUCUUUACAGUUUAUUGCCAGGUGUGCUGCUUGACCUCGUUAGGUUGACCAUAUUAAUGUAAACUCUAAACUCAUCAAAUUUGUAUAUCAACUGCCCCCAAUUGCCGUUCUGACUCUUCUCCAAUUAAAUGAAACAAUUUCUAUGUCAAGAAGCUAAUCACAGUGUUUUUGACCGACUGCUUCAACA